GACGCAUCGUAGUUAGGUAUGCUAAGUGAGGACCAUGCCGUCAAGAUGGAAUGUUGGCGAUCCAGCAGCUGGGACGGUCGUUGCGCCUGUAACCCGAACGCGAACAGCGUUGCGGAUCUUGCUUAGGGAUGCAGCGUUUGGAGCGUUGUCCGUCCUUCUUUGGAAUUGGAGAUCGGCGGUGUUGGUGCUGCUCCCGGCAACAUGGGCGCGCUCUGCAGUCCAUUUGGCUGUCUGGGUGCUGCCUCUGGUGUUCUUGGUACGGGUGCUUGAGACAGUGACAAGGUGGUACAACUCGCGGCAUGCCGCAAGAACGCAGGAUAGCGUCACGGGUAUCAAGCGGAAGCUGUACGGACUGCCGCCUCCAGCUCCCCGGCAAGAGCCCCUGCGGCAGCGUAGACCCUUCUCCCUGAACCCUCCGCGUGUGGAGGCAGUAGCAGCCAGCUCCGCCCCCCAGUUGACCCCCAUCACACCGCCUCAGCGCUAUGCCGCACCUUCACCAGGGGUUGGUACCCCUUACAGCUCGGCUUCAGGCGCGUCCAAUCUGGGAGGUGGCUUGCUAGCCGCAACUCCUGCAGACGACCGGACCCUUGCGCGCACGCCGCUCUCAGAGCAAUAUAGGCGCUCGCCUCAGCCGCAUGGAUACUCGCCCGGAGGCGCCGUCGUGGCUAGCCCUGAGCAGCUGUCCUACUACUUUGACAACCUGGGCGGUGCCGGUACGGCAGGCGUAGCAGCCAGCCCGCAGCAACCCGAUGCGAUGGCGGGAAUGUACGGCUACACGGGUGCGGCCUCGCCAGCAUAUGCGGUGGCAGCAGAGCAGGACCAAGGCACCCCUGGGGCGCUGCCAGUGGGCGUUAGCGCGCCGUACUACCGCAUGACAUGGAUGCCCAAGAAGGCUGCGGCCGUGGCGGCUGCCGACACGCCCACCCUCACACCCAGCGCGCCGGAGGAGGUGGAGGACUUUAUCGUUUCCGUGCUGGGCGCGCGUCAGGACUGGCUGGAGGUGUGGACGGAGCGGCUGCGCGAGUGGCUAGCGGGCAAGGUGCUGCAGCCGCUGGUGGCGGCAGCGGCCUCGGCGCACGAGCCUGUAAACACGCUCCUACAUCAGUUCAACCACGCCACGCGCCUACCACCCCUGCCCGACAUCCUAACGGACUCACGCACCGCCGGCGCUGGCGACAUUGACGGCGUGCUGCGGUCCCUGCAGACAACCCUGACGCAGCACGUCCAGGCUCAGCCCAUGGCACCGACCACUGCCAAGGCCCAGGAGCUGCUGGCGGCCGUCAACCGCUACACGGACCUGCUGGCCGUGGUGCGCGGCAAGCGCCCCGCGGACAUCCUGCCGCCCUCCAACAGCGGCUACGUGUGGACGCGGCUGCAGCAGCUGGCGGAGUCCUCCUGCCUCAAGGACUUCACCUGGAACGGCGGUUCGGCGUAUGGCGGCAGGCCGUGGUCGGCCGACCAGCUGCCUACGGACAGCGCUCUGGUGCUGUACCUGUUCGUGGCGUACCUGGAUGCGCCCGGCUGGCAGUUCACGGCGCCGCCGAACUCGCAGGCAGAAGGGACGAUGCAGCCCCUCUACCUUGGAACGCUGCCUGCUGGGACGCGUAGCGCCGGUGCGUGCAGCGCAAUCCUCACCUACCGCCCCGAGCGGCAUGGCCGGGAUAUGGACGCGCUGCUGGCCCUGCAGCUGCAGACCGCCAGCCCGCUGUUCUGCUACCUGGCGGCGGGGCGCCUCAUGGUGCUGGCCAACAACCAGUACGUCGCGGUCUUCCACGCCAUCCUCUUCUUCUUGCAGUAUCACAAGGUGCGGUACGGCGGUGCCAUCGGCAGGCAGAAGAUGGAGGACCCGGACCUGGCGCUUGACGCCGUGGUGCAGCCCCCGUCCGUGGGAGCCCAGGUGUCGCUAGGGCGGAAGAAGGGGCCCCUUGGCUGGUUCGCCUAGAGCGGCAGUUGUCGAUGAGUGGCAGUUGAGCAUGGUUACAUGAGCACGAUAGCGUCUGCAGACGGAGGCCAAAGCAGGUUACAGUGUAAUGUGGACACGCUACCUUGGUACCCCGCCGUUAACCCUUAUCAUUCCCAUGAACCAUUGUAACACAGCUGAUCCUCCAUAAGAGCUCGACACAUUAAAGUUACACACGCGCAUCGUGGCUGAUGCGUCAUCACACAAACGGAUAUGAGGCCGUGGGGUCAGCAGGUCAGCAAGUGUAGCUGGUGCACAUACCCAUACAACUGGCACGUCCGCUGCAGGAAACCCACUUCCCAUCCUAGCC